AUGUCUGAGUUGGACAGGUCUAUAACUACAGCAAAAGAUGAGAUGCGUAAAAAUCCUGUGGGACGAACACAAAAACGCAGUUACUUUGAUUCACAAAGCAUCUCACAGAAGGUAUUGUCCAAUAAUCUCUUAGUUUCCUCUAAGCCAAAGGUCUGGGGCAAAAUAUAUGACCUUGGGGAUAUUGUGAACUUCCCAAGUCUCAGAAAAAGUCCAGGAAUUUGGAGGAAGGCAGCUAAAAUGAGCCGCAGGGCCAGAAUCUCCUGGAAAACCAUAGCUUUCCUGCUGUAUUUCUUGCUAUUUUUGGAGAAGACACCUGCAAAGCUAUCCAGAAAACUCAGAGAGAAACCAGGAGUGUGCCCCAUGGACAGGGAAUACUGUAAACACAAAGUUCAAAACUUGUGCUAUAAUGAUUUUGAUUGCCCUGACCACCAGAAGUGCUGCUAUUUCUACUGUGGGAUGAAAUGCUUAGAUCCAGGCCAAGAACCCUGCCUACAAUCUUUAGACACCGGAAAUGGUACAAAGAAUGAAUUGCGCUGGUAUUUUGACAGUAAUAAUAAAUUAUGCAAAGAAUUUGUAUAUGGAGGCAGCUUCGGGAAUAAUAACAACUUUUUCAGCAAAGAAGACUGUGAAGCUUUUUGCUCACUUGUUUUGAAGGAAGGACAAUGUCCAAUCUUCCCAGUCAAGAAACGUGAGAUCUGUCCAGAUUUAUGUCGGAGUGACAUCGAAUGCCCUCUCUUAAAAAAGUGUUGUGAAACCUUAUGUGGUUUUUCUUGUGUCAUGGCUUGGACAGUCAAAGAAGGUCACUGCCCACCAAAGCCCAAGAUUUGUCCCCAAAUAAACAAGCCUAAAUGCCUGCAAGAUACUGACUGUCCCAUGUCAGAGAAGUGCUGUUCAUAUUGUGGUCUGAGGUGCCUGGAUUUAAAAAAAUGA